AUGGAGAUCGAGCCAGCAAGACCAAUACCCGCGCCCGCACUUGCACCUCCAGAUCUAUCACAAGUCGGGCCACCGUCGUCUCCUCUACCCCUCCCCAAAAUAUUCGCAAACGACCCCGCGCCUCCCACACUCGUCACUCAGGGUGCAGAAGCACUGUUAUAUCGCACCACCUACCUGCUUCCCUCGAUAGCAUGCGCACUCAAAUACAGACCGUCGAAACCAUAUCGACAUCCGAUACUGGACGCGCGAUUGACGAAGCAUCGAAUCCUGAGCGAGGCGCGAGUGUUGGUAAAGUGUAGGAAGGAAGGAGUACCUGUUCCGGCGGUCUUUGCGCUUGAUGAAAAGGAGGGAUGGUUAAUGAUUGAGUGGAUCGAGGGUGAGGUUGUAAGAAUUCGACUGAAUGAGUGGUUACAGAGAAGGAAGGAAGAAGGGGAGGAGCUCCGGGCCCGGCAUGAAGCCGUACUGAAGGGUUUGAUGGCGCGGAUUGGAAGUGCUAUUGGGAGAAUGCAUGGAGUCGGAAUUGUUCAUGGAGACUUGACGACCAGCAAUCUUAUGUUAAGAGGUGGGAGUGAAGAUCUUUUAGCGGAUGAUAAAAUUUUAGAAGGAGAGGUUGUGCUCAUAGAUUUUGGACUCGCAAGCCAGAGCACAGCGGACGAAGACCGAGCAGUGGACUUAUACGUGCUAGAGAGGGCCUUUGGAAGCACCCAUCCUAGAGCUGAAGGCCUAUUUUCGGAGUUACUAGUAAGCUAUGGAAAGAGCUUCAAAGGCGCAACUGUUGUCUUGAAAAAAUUAGAAGAUGUUCGAAUGCGUGGGAGGAAAAGAAGCAUGUUAGGAUAG